CUGAAGACCUUAACGAUCAACGCUUCGGGCUAUUCGGCCUCUGGUUAUAAGGCCCCACCAAAAAAUGGUGGGAGCUUGGAGGAGUGCUACACCAACGUUUUUGCUUUAACAGAACUCAAUGGAUUGAAAUGGCGGUGUUUCGUGACUCCUACAUCUGCUCCGAGAGGAGUUCCUGUCACUAGUGAUUUUGUUCUAAAAGCAUACGGAAAAUGUCUUAAGGAAGGCUAUCUGUGCACUUGGCGUCGUAAACCUCUUCCUCUCUCUGUGAAAACAGAAACAUUGAAGAACCCUUCAUUCACAAAUGAUAUUUCAAAGGAGUUAUGGUGUUUCUGGUAUACUAGUGACCCUCCCGCGAAACUGCUUGAAAUUACUGCUCAAUUAGAGAACGAUGAUGAAAUCGAAAUGGGUUCUGCUUCUAAUGGCAUCCCUUAUGAAAUCCGUAUACUUUUUUUCAAAGCAUUGCAUGCAAUCGUUGAACGAACUCUCCUCGGUGCUGGUUAUAUAAGAUUUGGUAGAUGGUUCACCCGACCACUAGUGAGAGAUACAAAAGGUUUCGGUUAUGAGUUUUUGACACCGAGUCAUCGGUUUGCUUUUAAUCUGCAGUUCUUCGUACAUGGUGGAAAUAUCGUAUGCAUGACACUCAAUUUUCAACGCCAACCUACCCUGUUAGCUCUAUCGAAAAGACAUUUCAGCCAAACUGAAAAAGUUCAAGUUGUUCUCAGUCCGUGGUCGUUACGAGGGUUCCUAGUUCCCACCGGCGAUGCAGACUACUCUAAAAUUCAAGCAAGUACUCAAAGACAAUGGAACGAAUGGGAAGAAUAUGUGCCACUCAGAGAAAAUAACAAAACAGAGGUUAAUCCUGUCCCUAAAAUGGUUGUGGUUGAAGUGGACGAAGUCAGAAUGCUCUAUCCUACUUCCCUCAUUGGGAUUACUUUGAAAGACGAUGAAAAGACUUGGUCCGACGAAGUUGACAAAAUCAAAGAAGAUGUAGCUGAGAUUAAGACUAGGAACCAUGUUAAUCGUCUCCGAGUGUAUCUUGGACUUCAAUCAAUUAUAGAAAAGUCAUUUAUGCUGCAUAUGGCAAAAAAGAAAGAUCCUUUCCGUAAACCAUUCUCUGCACAACCUGUAGAUGUGGAUGAAAGUUUGAAAUUCUCUUUCCAUGACCCUAUCGCUAACUGUUUGGACAAGAAAUGUAAAUGUUGUAAUUUCUUCAAUAUGCUUACUAAGAAAGAAGAAGAAGGAGAUACAGAAAGCCGACCUGCAACGCCUUAUUUGGACUUUGGGCCUACUUUCGCUGAGAAUCCCGCGUUUCCCGGACAAAAAGUGAGAAAGCCACUAGGGAAGCUAAUGAGCAAGGUGUUCAAUCGCCGUAAAUGGAAAUGUCCAGUUGAUUGGAGGGAUGACUCUGAUAAAGACUCUUCUUCGUCCGAGUCAGCCUUACCCUCGGACUCUGAAACUAUGAGCGAGUUAGAGGAGCCACCCAUACUUCCAGCCACAAAUUCAGAAGAGCCUGAUAGAUGCGACACUCCGUUCUGGGCACGAACUGAUAAGAAUACGCUAGUUACUGGAGUAGACUUCGACGACGAAGAAGGCGGCUAUUCUUCCGGUCCCUCUGAAGAAGAUGCCCUUUCUCCAAAAAAUGCUAAUUGUGACCCAAAUGCCAACGAUGUGGACCGAAGAAUGCAGGGAGAAAAAGCAAUCAAAUCGAAGAACGCAACAAGCAAGUCAAAAGAUCGGGGAAACAGCUCCAGUGACGCUUUUGACUCUAUUCGCAAUGAUUAUAACAUGAUGAAGAAGCAAUCAAAAAAGACUAUUGCUGCUCCCACGAACAAACAGCCUCGAAGUGCUCCUCCAUUGACUCCCCCACCACCUCCUCCUCCUCCUCCGCCUUCUCCUCCUAAGACCAAGACUUACGCUAAUGAACCCUUGCUACGUAUGGUGCCUGUAAUAAGAAAAGCUUUGAAAGAAACAAUGGUUAAUGUCGUGAAUGAUGUUGAGUAUGAAGCGAUGCAGUUUAGUAACAAGCGAUCAAGAUAUAUCUGGCCUGAUCUUGAACAAUUGGAUAUGGAUUCUAUAACAGUGAAUGCAGCGGAAGAUUUUCGCAUAAAACCGAAGAUGUACGGUGCUCCUUUCAUUCCAUUUAAAGAAGAAGAUGAUUCUGAACCAGACGUUUUUGAGUCUGAAGAAUCAGACAGUUCUGAUAAUGAGAGAAGAAACAUGGGAGAGGGUCGUAGCAUGUUAGCCGAUAUAACAAACAGGAAGUUUACAGAUGAACCAAUGGAGGUGGAUAAUGUAGCAUAUAGUAUCCUUUCUCCGCCUGCAAGUAAUGAGCAAAUGGAGGGAUUUUUGCCGCCACCUAUUAUUAAGCUCGGCCCACCCUCUAUUGGAGAGUCCCUCAAUAAGAUAUAUCCAACACCACCUAGCAUGGUUGGCGAAGUGCAGCAACUCAGUCCUAUGGAUGUGAUGCCGUGUCAGAAUAACACUGAUCAAAAUGCACCAAAGACUGAACCGAUGGAGACUGAUAAAAGUUGUAUUGAGAAAACUCUAAAAUCAUCUAGUGAAACAGAAGACAAAAAGAAAGAAGAGACUACAGUCGGUUUAAGCAAUCAGAAUGGAAUAGCUGCACCUUGUGCCGUUUCGAAGACAUGUAGUAUUGUCGGAACAGCCGAAACGAACUCGGUAAAAUCCUCGGAAGAAGAAUCUCAUAUCAAAGAGAGAAAAAAGCCCAAGAAAUUGCGAAUGAUCAAAAAAGAAGAUGACUACUUCCAUAUCGACCAGAACAGUAAAGUGUUUUCUUUCUACAAUAGCACAAAACGAAAACAAAUUGCCAAUGUUUCUCCACGGACUAAGUUGAAUCUGACCGGCCGUUUUAUUGUGCAAAAAAAUGAGCGCUUGAGUGCCAUUCUCAAAAGGAGGAAGCUGCCGUUGGAUUACGAGAAAUUGAAGGAGAAAAUAAAGUCGGAAAAGAAACCAGAAAAGUCUCGGAUUCAAUUGUCGAUGGAAGCUAUAUUGCUGGCAAUUCAUAAACAACAAAUACAGCAGUUUCACCAAAAUCCAAACAGAACGUACGGGAAUACUAAUAAUUCGAUGCCUGAAUAUGGCCAACGACCAAUGCAAAAUAUGCCUCCUCAUCCUGGUAUGAUGGUGCCAGGAUAUCCGAAUAACCCUAUGAUGAUGAGGCAUGGUAAUCAAAUGAUGGGCCGAGGUGUUCCUCCUCAGUAUGCUAACCCUGGUCAGUAUAUGCCACAACAGAUGGGUUAUGGACAACCACAAAUGGGCCCUCCUGGAUACUGCAACACUAUGCGUUACCCCAUGAUGAAUAAUAUGGGGCAUCAAAUAGGAAUGCAGCCUAUGCCUGGAAUGUCCAUGGGUCAACCCGGCAUGAAUAUGCCUAAUCAAGUAGGGAUGCCACAUAUGGGUCAAAUGCAGGCAAUGGAACCAGGAGGCAUGGGGCCAGGACCCAUGAUGCCAGCUCCAGGAUCAAUGAACCAUAUGAACAUGGGACCUAUGGGUCACAGCGGACCGGUGAACAUUUAUGGCGGACCCCCUUCGGGACAGAUGGGUGGCAUUAACUCUCCGUAUAAUAGCAACGAUGGCAUGAUGAUGCAUUCUGCUUAUUCGAACAAUCCACAAAACUUCGUGCAACCUGGACCAUACCCAAUGAAUCCGAACAUACCUCCAACUAUGAACUCGAAUAUACCAAAUAAUUCUAGCAUGAAUUCCAUGGCUAUGAGAGCUGCUCCGCAGCAGCAAACUCUGAUUGAUAAUCAGUCCAGCUCAAAUGAUGAUGUUGUCGUGCUUAAAGACACCGCUCCCGCCGAAGGCUCCAGCAUAGUAUUGGCAUUAUUGUUCCAGGAUACGCUUUUGGAUCUGUUUUACGAUACAGUAUUUGACUCUUGUCCUGUCUGUUCCUGCAAUGCAUCAAUCAAAUCUCGAGAGUUAGGGCUUUACGUCAUCCCUCCUGAACUUCUGAAGAGCAGUCCAGAAGUUCAAGCAAAUUAUUUGAGCAAUUGGGGUGGCUUUGUCGGAAACAGUGGCAGUUUGUGUAAUUGUGGAUUCAGCGUUGUUCGCCAUCGUUACUUAUCGCUGAAAGCAGGCUUGUUCUAUGAAGAUGCUUACGAAGCUACAGGGAACAGAGACGCUGGUUGCAAAGCAAACCCUAUGUGGUCGACCAACUAUCCAAGAAAGCUAUUCUUCAAUUCACAAAACUUAAAUGAUAGAAGGACGCUUAAUCUGAUUCGAACGAUGAGCAUGAGCACAUUCCUUGGUCGUCAGGCUGAAACUAUUAUAAGCUUCAUGGAGUAUACCGAGAAAAUGAGAAGAGCUCAGAAACUGAGCUACAGCAUUGAGACUGGAUCAGAUUAUUUACUAUCCUUGAUAGAUUGCUCGGAACUUCUAUUGAUUGGGAAUCAAACUCUCGAUCUCUCUUUAGUGAACGGUAGCCGCAAUAAAACCAAGCCGCCAGCCUUCGGUCGCAAAUACAUGAGCAUUUUCCAUCCCUGGGGAUUACAAGUUGCGAAUGAAGCUGAAUGUUUGGGUGAGCUAGAAAUAUCUGAUGUCACACGUCAUUUAACACCUCAUCUUGAAAAAGCCAUGCGGAUUGUACGAUGCAUGGAAAAUAACGCCAGCUUCAAUAUAGUGGAAGGUCCUCUCACUUGGAAAGCAUUAACUUCAAAGAUCCAGAAAAUUUCCCCCACAGAUGAUGACGUUCAUGCUCCAGAACCUGUUCCUUUCAUACUUCUCGGAUGUGAUAAAGAGUUGAUUCGGGCCUCUCCUCUGAUCCUGCCGUUCUGGGACGAUUUGAAUUUAGCUCCUUAUGAUCAUCCAAAAGAUGUUCUUUAUCUGACCGUAAUGCCUGAAAACAAUUUACUGGAUUUACCAAUUUCAAAUUAUAUGGAUGAACUCAGCAAAACUUACGAAAAGAUGAAAUUGGGAAGACACAUUUCUUGGAAUCUGAAAGAUGUGAAGGAUGGUAUUGUUCGAGUUGGCGGUAAACAGUAUGGCAAGGGCUUUACCGAUGAUAUGUUCGAGUUCUUAAAACGUGUCGAUAACACCGAUGAGAAACAUCAGAAGAGUAUCCAAAUGAUUGGGUUAUUCACUCAAGAAAUGGAGGAGAAGUUAGUUCAAAUUAUCAACGAAAACCAGGAGAUGUUUGCCCGCUCGACAUAUAGACAAGCUCUAGCUUUGGAUCAGAGAAAUAAGAAAGCUGCGAUGAAUACGAUUCAAGCAGAAGCUGAGAAAGUUACGGCGUCUAUUCAGGAGAUUUAUGAGGCUAACCCCAACGCCACGUUAGGACCUUCUUCUGAAUCGAAACUGAUUAGUUGCGAUUUUCUUCAUGAAAUAACUUAUCCAUCUAACCCCGAAGCAUUCGAUAAUCAAUUUUUCCAAAAAGAAAAAACGGAAGAAGAAGGAACGAAAGAAACGGAAAAUGGAAACAAUGUCACUAAUUCUAACGGCUCAGAUGAGCUUGCAUCAGCCCAAACUGCUAUAGAAAUCUCCCAACAAACAGCACCGAUCCCCCAAGCUACUAUUCAACAAAUAAAAUCAGGAAAAACUUCAACUACCCAAACUGCUUCUACAACCGGGCUUCCUGCUCAUCAACAAAAUCCGAACAUUUCCCAAGGCACACUUACUUCUCAACCAACUAGCGUUCCUAGUGCUCAGGGAACUGUUGCCUCGCAAGCUCAGCAAGCUCCACAAGGGCCAUUACAAGAGCUGCUUGACUCCUCUCAACCAGGUUUAAUACCCAUCACAGUUGCUCCUCGUACAAUCUUCAAAGAAGAUCCUCCUCUUGAAGCAGAGGAUACUCCUGUAGAUGACCACGGAACACUCAAUCAAGUUGUUGUUAUCUAUGUUAUUAAUCCAUUCAACUAUGGAGAUGAAGGAAAAACUUACACAUUAGCUCGACUUGGCACAUUGGCUAUAAUGCGUGCGUUUAAUGCUGUUCUUGGACGAAUUCCUCCAAGCCUUCGUCUCCAACUUCAACUGGAGAUCGUCCCCCUCUCUAGAUCACUGCAUCUCGCUGGCUUAUCCGAAGACUUUUAUCUGUGCAACGAGAUGAUUUCCGAUUAUAUUUCUGUUGAUAUUCGGGAAGAGCCUAGAGAGUUCACUAUUCAUGAAGCGGUGAAAGCAGCUUGUUUUUCUGUUUAUCGUGCUCCUAGAUACUUUACUCCUAAAACUGCGCUUGAAGUUAAAGCUCGUUGUAUGACUAAAUUUGGUCCAGGAAGUGAUUUGCUUGAAAUCGUGGCAGAUUGGGAGAAGUUGGCAGAACCUGUUGUAUAUAGUUUUCCAACUAAUUCUCAUAUUCUGGCUCCUUUACCCUGGCUGCGACAGGAAACUACUAACAAUGGGGAAUCCAAAGUUGUAAUGCAACCUGGGGAUGAAGAAAUUAAUUUGUUUAUCACUUACUGUCUUGUCGGAAAUGACUAUCUAUGUGCGGUUAUUGGUGAUUCUCGUGGAAGGAUUCACGAUAAUUGUGUUAUCAACAUGCGGCCAGACUCGGACGAUCCCAAUGAAGCUAUAAGAUAUAAGGCGAAAACCCAGAUUCUGGACGUUAUGACGAAGUUAUGGAACUUUAUUCAAGCAACUAUCGCGAUGGACACAAAAGCUGUGCGACUGGUUAUUGGACGAUUGGGCAAAAUAGGUCAUGGGGAGUUCAAAGCAUGGUCUCAUAUUCUCACUAAAACUACUCUGAGAAAGAUGUCAGCAAAAAUGAAAGAGACAUGUACCGCUUGCUUCGAGACUCCUGGACCUGCUGGUAUACCAACCAUACUGUCAGCUUGCCUAAUUUCGACCGAACCUGAACCGUAUCUGCGUUUGCACCCUAAGCUUGUGAACGUUGAUGGAUUACCGAAAAAGAAAACUUACAAUCAUACUCCUGGUGACUUUAGCUGUACUCACAUACUAGUUUUCCCUGUGAACACUCAAAUUGAGUUAUCAGGAGGGGAGCAAGCUACGGAAGAUGAAAAUUAUAUGGAUGCUUGGGACGGUAUUGCUGGAUUGGAUCUGCCACAAGAUGAUGAGUUUGGUAACAUCCAAGACAUUGUUGGAGGGUUAGAUAACGCUGAUACUUCGGGCCAACAGAGCGCAUCAUUUCGUUCGAAUGGCUCUGGACUUUUUUCUUCUGACCUUUCUGAGCCUCUACAAAAUCAACCUCUGGCGAUCGGUUACUUGAUAUCCACUUGUCCGGCUCCAGAUCUACCUGAAUGGUUCUGGCAGAAUAGCCCUAGCUCAAGACGACAGAUCCCAAUCCAUCUAAAGUCGUCUCUCCACAUUAAUGUUCAAUGCAGUGGAACCGAUCAGGAUCAGGGUGAGGAACUCAUUCAACAAAGUAAAACUGUAUCCAACGAUAACUUGGAAAAAAUCCACCCUCUUGAUAGCCAAAGAACCGACGAAGUUUUGAGACAUGUCCUCAAGACUUAUAACGCUCUUUCUUGGUUGAACAUUGAUGUUCGUUACGGAGACAGAUAUUCUUGUCUGCCAAUACAUUUCCAAGUUUUACUCAGAUUAUAUCAUUCCCUCUUCCGACUUGUUACGUAA